AUGACUACCACCACCACCACCAUCACCUCUCCGACGACGACAAACACGAGGAGGGCGAGGGUCAGGUGCGACGCUGCGAAUGCGAUGGGUGACGGUACGUGGGGGAGUCUCGGUGCUGGCGAUGGGGAGUCGUGGUGCAGCGAUGGCGAUGGUGAGGGCGGGAACGAUGGGAACAUCAACAGACUAAACGAGAUGUCGCAUUACGCCAGGGCGGCCGACUUCGAGAGGCCUCGCCUUCUACUGCCCCAGCGAGUUAGCCAUACCCUUCCUCCACCGGACGCCAUCGUCCCGUAUCUGGCUGAGGCCGGAUUCGGUGACACGGUGCCCCUCAAGGACUUCACAUUUGACAAUUCCCUGAUUUCGGCACUCGUUGAGCGAUGGCGUUCGGAGAUGCACACGUUUCAUCUUCCGUGGGGUGAGGUCACUAUCACCCUGCAAGACGUGGUGUACCACCUAGACCUACGUGCACACGGGAACCCCGUUGGGGGGGUGCCUUCGUGACUUUGGUAGGUGGUACGGCACGGAGACGUGGGCCAUGGUUGAGCAACUGCUUGGUGUCAGGCCUCCGGUAGCGGCACAGCAGGCUGCGCAGAGGAAGGAGUCGUUCACGCUAAAGCUGGUUUGGUUGCGUGAUCGUGUCUGCCAAAUGCCCCCGACCGACGAUCCUGAGACCCUCCGACAGUAUGCCCGAUGCUAUAUUAUGUUACUGAUUGGAGGGUAUCUAUUGACAGACAA